GCGGUCUAAAUCGGAGCUUCAUAGCUCCGUUUACACGAUCACCACGUCUGCAUUUCACCAGACACACGUGAUUCUGGAGAAUGUAAGGAUUCGAGGAGUUGUGACGUUACUUUAUGUGCGGCACAAUGGUGCUGACAGAGAACAUAAGGCUUGACUUACGAAGUCUGAAUGUAUUGAAGCUCCAAGCAAAGGCCUGAAGAGCUCCUGGCUGGAAAAAAAAAUUGCCCGUCCCUUCCCUCCCCCAAAAAAACCUUUACCUAAGCUGCCUUUCAGCAUUCUUUCACCCUGAACCUUUCUGGAAAGCAUUUUCCCCGUCUUUCCAAGAACCCUCUCGACCACCCCCCUUCUUCUAGACUUCUGCUAAGUCUAUUUUGCCCAUUUUGUGGCCUCAUUUUGCUUUUUUAUAUCCAUAUUCUCCCCUAACAAUAAGUCAUGAGAAAAAAAACGUGCAAUGUUCUUCUGGUCUGUGGGGUCAUUAGCUCCAUCACAGUAUUUUAUCUUGGCCUCAGCCCGAUAGAAUGUCCAACUGCUCAUUCUCGGUCGGGACAGCAUGGGUGGGCGGUAAAUCUACAAACUGGCCAAAACCUAAGCAACCUGUUACAACUCCCUGAGGAGUACAAUGAAGAAACCCCUCUCAUUUUCAUUGGCGGAGUCCCUCGUAGCGGCACCACACUGAUGCGGGCUAUGUUAGACGCCCACCCCCUUGUUCGGUGUGGAGAAGAGACCCGUGUCAUUCCCCGGCUGUUAGCCAUGCAGGCCUCAUGGAGUCACUCCGCACAUGAACGUGUCCGUCUGGACGAGGCAGGCGUCACUCAGGAGGUCCUGGAUUCAGCUGUACGUGCCUUCCUGUUGGAGAUCAUAGUGGGGCACGGCGAGCCCGCUCCGAGGCUCUGCAAUAAGGACCCUUUUGCUCUCAAGUCCCUCAACUACCUCUCCAAGCUCUUCCCAAAAGCGAAAUUUAUUCUUAUGCUCCGCGAUGGCAGGGCCACCGUACAUUCUAUGAUUUCCCGCAAGGUGACUAUCACCGGAUUCGACUUAAAAAGUUACCGGGACUGUUUGGUGAAGUGGAACCGGGCGGUGGAGGUUAUGUAUGACCAGUGCCUGGCUGCAGCGGAUGGCAACUGUCUGCCCGUGCAUUACGAGCAGCUGGUCCUGCACCCUGAGCGGGUGAUGCACAAGCUCCUUCAGUUCCUGGAUCUGCCAUGGGACACUGCCGUGCUGCACCACGAACAGUUUAUUGGGAAAGCUGGUGGUGUUUCACUGUCAAAGGUGGAACUGUCAACGGAUCAAGUCAUCAAGCCAGUGAAUACAGAGGCUCUGUCUAAAUGGGUGGGCAAGAUCCCUGCUGAUGUGGUGAAUGAUAUGGCCAGCCUUGCCCCGAUGUUAAGUCGCUUAGGUUAUGACCCUCUAGCCAACCCACCAAACUACAACAAGCCUGAUCUCUUAUUUCUGAAGAACACAAAAAUAGCGAGGGCAAUCCUAAACUGAAAGGUCCUCUCAACUUGUUAAUAUUUUGAAGCAAUAAACAGUGUGCAUUUUA